AUGUAUGCACAUGAAUGCACAGGCAAUACUGCUAAACUGGACAAAGAGAAAAAUGAACAAGACAGCUUGCUACCUGUGGACACCGACGCGGGAGAAGAUGACUUGCAAGACAUUAGCAUACCCGAACAUUAUCGUCAUGAUGACACCUGGUACAAGAUGGACAUUCUGAACGCAGAAAGCGAGCGUAGAAUAUGUGUCAUCAUAAAAGUUAAGAGUCCUGACGCGCAAGAACAAUCGGGAGCUGAAGCAGACGCCAGGACUAUAGAAAGCGUAUUUAAAGGCAUCAUUGGCUUUCAAGUUGAAGUUUACGACGUUUCCACACCGGCAGAUAUCCGCGAACAGCUCAAAACGUGCAAAGAGGAUAUUGACAAGGAUUCAUCGAGAGAAUUAGAUUGCUUCGCCUGCUUUGUGCUGGGUCACGGCAAGGAAGAUAUUACGUUCCCCUUCGGCGGUGAACUCAUUGACCUGGAAUACAUCUACGAACAGUUUAAUAGGAACGUCUUCAGGAAGCUCCUUGAGAAACCCAAAUUGUUCUUCUUACACACUUUACGUGGCGGGAAACAGGGAGGCAAAUCUAACUUUGCUGACGGUCCGAGCAAGACUACAAGUGUGCCUUUACAUGCUGAUUUCUUUAUCUUCGAGAGUACCUCGACAGGUUAUCUUUCGUCUCCGGGUUCAGUUGGUGGUUCGUUAUUCGUCCAGGCGCUCUGUCAAGUCAUCAAAAGAGACUAUCUUACCAAGAAUUUCCAAGAAAUUAUGACACUGGUCCAGUAUUAUGUAACACUGGAAAACAAAGCGGAUGAGACACUGUACAGAUACUGCACGCUCAGGAAGAAUAUUCUGUUUACAGCUGAAAGCCUUUAG